GUAAACGACUUCAGUCCAGAGAGCCUCGAACCGAGCAGUUCCGAACAGUCUGUCAGUGACGGUGGUUUCGUGAACACGAUCAUUGUACCAGUCGCUUGGUAAACGUGUGCGCGCCGGUUGAAAAAAGUUGUUACACGCAGCCUCUACUGGCUCUCCUAGCAACGCGGUGUCGCCUAAAGACAAUGACUCCACGUUCCAGUGGUUAGAAGUAUCGAGCAAAUUACCGACAACCGUUCGAACCGUCUUUUUUUCUUGAUCGAGGCCAGACGGCCACACUACCUCUAGGAACGGCUCGACGUGUAUCGAUCUCGAGCAAGGCUAGCAGAACGGAGCUGCCAUCUCAGCGACUCCUCCACAUGUGGACAUCGCCGUCCCGACUCAGGAUCGGCCGAGCACCCAGGAAAAAGACGACACCUUAAGCUGAUAGCUGCCGCAGCAGCUACCGCGACCGGUGAAACAUGGACAACACCAAGAGAAAGCUGUCUUUCCUUGGCUUUGGUAAAAGGGUAUCGGUCGACGGCCAUGGCGCGGAAACGGGACCGGAGCUCGACGAGGAAAUGGAGAAGGUUUUCGCGAUGGACACCGGAGAGAAGUUCGACGUAGCCCUGCUCGGUUCACCCUCCGAAUCGGCUGGAUCCGAUCGAGAUCGAGAACGAGGACCAUCGUCGCGAUAUGGAGAUCGCGACUUCAACCAGCAUCGGAAAAGAAGCUAUCCCCAUCCGCACAUGCCCUUGAAAAGCCUUCAUUCCAGGUCUAUGCGACGACACCUUUCACCCGAAGGAUCCACGACGGAGGUUGGCCCGGAAGAAGAGAACGGCCAGGUGUUGACAGGAAAUGGCGGUGGACAAGAUACGGACGCGAUGGACAACGGAUUGUACUCGUCGAGUGUGCACAACGUGGAUGAAGAGACGACCGAAGAAACGGAGAACGUAGCGAGCAGCGAGAGCGAGGCGCCGAUCUCGGAGAGGGCUGCUUCCGGUAUCAGCGACAGUCCCACCAUUGGCAGUCCGCGAGUACAAUUCGAAAAAAUCAAGGAAGAGGAGGUGCCUACCUUCAAAAGGGACGAGGUACCGAGCGUAGGUGUAGCCGUGAACCACGACGAAGAUCGCAAGUGUCGCAGGCAUCAGAAACACGAGCACAAAAGACACCAUCACAAGUCGCGCAAGUACUCGCUCCAAGAGGACCCGCAAUGGAGGAAGCGAUCGGGAGCCGGCCUCCCGGAUGGCUCGAGCGUCUUCACCAGGAGAGUGAGCGUGCAACCGGAAGAGGCGAGUACCCUGCAGGAAUUGGACAUCGACGACCUGGAGUCGCACAGAAGCGACGAUCCGCGGGGAAUGAGGCGGCACNNNGCCGCCCAUUCGACGGUGCAGAUCGGCCGCAAAAAGGAAGGCGGCAUACCUCACGAUACUUUCAAGAAGAUGUACGACCAUUCGCCUCACGAGGUGUUCGUUCAGCUGGACGAACUGUACGGAAUGGGCGAGGAGAGAGAAUGGAGAGAAACAGCUCGGUGGAUCAAAUACGAGGAAGACGUGGAGGAAGGCGCGGACAGAUGGGGCAGGCCCCACGUAGCCUCUUUGAGCUUCCACUCUCUGCUGAACCUACGUAGAUGCCUGGAGACCGGCGUGGUCCUUCUGGAUCUCGAGGAGAAGGAUCUGCCCGGUCUGGCGUAUAGGGUAGUCGAGCAAAUGGUAAUCGAGGAGCUGAUUCUAGCGGAGGAUAGGCCGGUAGUGAUGAGAGCUCUGCUUCUCAGGCACAGGCACGUUCACGAUCACGAUCGUGGUUUCCGAUUUGGCGGCAAACGCAACUAUUCCAGCUACACCAGUCUACAGUCCGUCUGUCUGGAGGAAGAGGACGCUGAACGGGAAGCCUCUGAGAACCAUGUAACCCAACAUAACCUGAACGACACGAAACCAAAGAUCGUAUCGUCGAACUUGGCCUUGGACAGCAACCACACGGUGGUCGAUAUGAAGGAGGAGCUGACGUACACGAGCAGCAACGAGGACUUGAAAAAGAGUCACAACGACUACAUCCUGAAGAGGAUCCCGGCUGGCGCCGAGGCGACGGUCGUGCUGGUCGGCGCGGUCGACUUUCUGGACCAACCGACGAUCGCGUUCGUCAGGCUCGCCGAGGGUGUGUUCAUUCCAUCGAUCACGGAAGUCACGAUACCAGUAAGAUUCAUGUUCACGUUGCUGGGGCCGAGGAACGCUGACCUAGAUUAUCACGAAAUCGGUAGAUCGAUCGCCACGCUGAUGGCCAAUACGUCGUUCCAUAAAGUCGCGUACAAAGCAAACGAGAGACGCGAGCUUCUGUCCGCGAUCAAUGAAUUCCUAGACGACUCGAUCGUUCUGCCUCCUGGAGAUUGGGAGAGACAGGCGUUGUUACCCUUUAACGAGCUGAAGGCGAAGAGCGAAGCCAUAAGGAAGCGGAAGGCCAAAGCGCUCGAGGACAAGACCAAACAGAUUCAGAACGAGAUGGCUGUGAAGAAAGCUCUUCUUGCCGGCGAAGAAGAGAAGAAACCUCCCGAUGACGACGAUCCGCUUCGAAGAACCAGACGUCCGUUCGGUUGCCUCAUCAACGAUAUCAAGAGACGCUAUCCUUACUAUCUGUCUGAUUUCACCGAUGGCUUGAGUUCGUCUUGCCUCGCAGCGGCUAUCUUCAUGUACUUCGCGGCCCUCUGCACGGCCAUCACGUUCGGUGGCUUGAUGAGCGACAAGACGCACAACGUUAUCGGCAUCUCCGAGACAUUGAUUUCUGGCUCGUGGACCGGGGUGGUGAUGGCUUUGUUCUCCACUCAGCCACUGGUCAUCAUCGGCACGACCGGCCCCUUGUUGCUCUUCGACGAAAGCUUGUACAAUUUCUGUCUCGCGAACGGACUAGAAUUCCUGACCGUGAGAGUCUACGUCGGUGUAUGGAUGGGCAUCAUAGCCUUGGCGAUUGCCUGCGUGGAGGGAUCCGUGCUGGUCAGACUCUUCACCCGGUUCACCGAAGAGAUCUUCACGGGCUUAAUCUCUAUUCUUUAUAUCGUUGAAACGUUCAUCAAAUUGUACAAUUACUUCGUGAAGAAUCCGCUGCUGGACGAGUACAGUUUCAUCCCCGAGACGAACGAAACGUUUUACGAAGAGCUGAACGUAACAGAGAUCAAGGUCGUUUCCCCAAAGACCGGCGAAAUAAUUAGCAUUUCAUCGGACAAACCUCAAACUCUGAUACCAUCGCAUAACGCCGCUGGCUUAUUAAUGAACCAACCAAACACGGCCUUGAUGUGCACCAUUUUGUGUCUCGGUACUUUUCUCGGUGCUUAUUACCUGCGUAUCUUCCGCAACAGUCAUUACCUCGGACGAAGUGCCAGAAGAGCUUUCGGUGACUUCGGCGUGCCCAUCAGUAUUGUCGUAUUCGCGUUGAUCGAUUAUCUGGCCAAAGUGAAGACGGAGAAGCUACUGGUUCCGGAGGGUUUAACACCGACUAUGCCCGAUAGGGAUUGGAUCGUGUCACCAGCUGGCAUACAUAAACCUAUUCCUCUAUGGAUGGCUAUGGCUUGCAUCGUGCCGGCAUUGUUGGUCUAUAUCCUUGUUUUCAUGGAGACUCAAAUCUCCGAACUCAUCAUCGAUAAGAAAGAACGUAAAUUACGGAAAGGUAACGGGUACCACAUGGAUAUAGUGGUAGUGUGCUUAAUGAACGUCGGCUGUGGUUUAAUGGGCGCCCCGUGGUGUUGCGCUGCCUCGGUUCGAUCGCUGACACACGUCUCGGCGGUGACGGUUAUGUCUCGCACUCACGCUCCCGGAGAUAAACCGCACAUCGUCGAAGUGAAGGAGCAACGAGUGAGCGCCCUAUUAGUCGCCGUGUUGAUCGGCAUAAGCGUGUUGAUGGCGCCGCUUCUACGACGCGUACCAAUGUCCGUCCUUCUGGGGGUGUUUCUCUACAUGGGUAUCUCCUCGACGAACGGUGUUCAACUGUUCGAUCGUGUGAAAUUGUUUUUCAUGCCGGUGAAACACCAUGGCACGGCUAAUUACGUUCGGCGCGUACAAACGUACAAGAUGCACAUCUUCACCCUCGUACAAAUUCUGUGCCUGGUUAUACUGUGGAUCGUGAAAAGUACCAGGGCGGCCUUGGCGCUUCCGUUCUUCCUGAUUCUCAUGAUACCUCUACGAGCUCAGAUGAGGCAUUUUUUUACCGCCGCAGAGCUAAGGGCACUCGACAGCAAAGGAUCGGAACACGAGAGUACCGAGGACGAGCCAGAUUUCUACGAGGAAGCUCCGUUACCUGGUUAGAUAGUGCCUUAUUCGACUUGUCCAACAAAUACUUCCCCUCUUCCCUCCUCUAUCCCCACGCCCGCAUCGUUUUCUUCUUCUCCCUUCUGUCCAAAGGAUCUAUUCGUGCUUUCUGUUACUUCCAAUUCCUGUCACGUAUCAGAGCGACUCUGAAUACUACCGCGAAUUCUUGAAAAAAAAAAGAGUCUAUUUUCGUGAAAGAGCAAAUAUGUAUGUAUACCAAUGAAUUAAGAGGGAACGUAGAUAAGAGAUAAAUAAGAGGGGUCUGAUUCCCAACGGUGGUGUUAACUCGUUAAAUUCGUAAAGAUUAUUUUGUACUACAAAAUUUGUAAAUAAUCGAGGAUGAUGUGAACAAGAUGAAACGAAAAGAUGUGUUAUCACGCCUGCGUCGGAUAUGUGUAGGUACUUGAACAACUAAAUUUUAUCAAAUCACAACAACCAUCGAGAGUCAUUGCUUCAGUUUGGAUACAAACUAAUUAGAAUCGGUAUAGUUUGUUGUCGAAGAAAGUUCAUUUAUUAUGGAGUAGGAUAUAAAAUGCAAGCGAUAUUCGAUACCUACAUACUAUCUAACAUAAUCGUAGUGGAAACUUCAAGAUUCGUUUCAUCUUCUUUUCGACUUGGUGGGAAAAAA